CCGGCACGACCCAACUGACACUCGACCACCUCCAACGUCCACAUCGAGACAAUAGACAAUUGACCCUGCAUCCGUGCAAAGUUCAACCCGGGUUUUCCAGCAGAGGCAGCAAAAUUACUUUCCGAAAAGUCAUGUACUGGACUCGUCGACUGCACUGCCUUCGCGCAGGGGGUUACCCAUCCGUCAUUGGGUGAUUCCGAAGAGAACUGAAGUGUACUUGCUGCUGGUCUCUCCACUUUUCAGUCUCACUCCGCUCCGCGCAUUGGAUAAUCUCCCCCAACGCUCAGCCUCACUUUGCUAGUCACUUGGUAUCUCUGGACCCCCUCUCGCGUGCUUCUCUGUCGGAGCUUGGAGUCUCGGUACUGUGUACUCCGUACUUCAGACAAAGGCCAGAAUGCAAAGCAUGGACUCCAUGGAGAGGGAUGAUCGUACUCGGUACUUUCGUCCCUUAUACCCGCAUCGCUGGCUUCUGCAGUAUCUCUGUCAGAUCCGUGAUAAGUUCCUCCGAUGCUUCGCUAAUUCUGCCCGUCUGCCAACCCUCCGCUACAGACCAUGCAGGUUAGCGCGCCUGGGCGAGGAAUCCGGUUCCCCGGCUGUUCGCCUUUUUCUUUUUCGCUUCGGAUCAACCUGGGAGGACUAAGUCAGUGGCCCGUGCUACUGCUCCUGCUGGAAGCUCGCUGUGACUCGUUUGAAUGCUGGGAGACUUACGGCGGUCGGUGAUAACACUGGUCCUCUUUCUGUCUGGCUGUCAGGGCAUUUUCUUCUUUUCCUUGGUCAUCGAUCUCUUGUCCCUUUCCCAAGACUUGUCUCUUUCUCUUGGUAUUUUCUUCGUUGGCUUAUCCUUUCCAUCCGUUGCUUUCGGCCAUCUUUUAAUCCCAGCUUCUUAUCUCCGGGUGUCGACUUUGUGUGACACACUUCUUUUGUCGCUGCCAAGUCUGCCUCUGCCAGCACUCGACCCUCGUUAUGAUUGUGGCGGAGGUGAUCGCCGUCGUCGCCUGUGUGGCAGCAGUCGUCUCCGCCUACCAUGACGGCAACCAGCUCUUCGAUGCGAUCAAGGAAAAAUGGAAGAAAUUCCGUCAUCCACCGGCCCUUGCCAUUGAUGCAAGCGCCAACGAUCUCGAGUGGUCACUACGGCGUGGGCGAGAAGAAAUUCUGACUGAGUGGAAUGCCCACGCCAGCCGACUAGGCCGCCAUUUUGAAGACGGCGACCCGCUGGCUCGCGAACAGAUGAAAGAUAUCGUGAUCGAGCUCCAGAGUGCUUUACUCACAAACUUGCGGGAGAAUAAUGCCGAAUUUGACAUGUUGGCUCUGGUUCAAGCUUCCGACCGCGGUCGGGUAAGAACCAUCACGGUCUUUCAUAACUUAUACCAGCGGCUCACCCAGGCUGCCCCCAUUCCACCACCCAUCAGUUUUGGCCCUGUCCCGAUCGAUCCCACGUCAAGGCUAUUCUACUGGAUCAACCUCAUUGAGAAACAGUAUUUGGCUCAACUCCCACCCUCCCGAUACGUACAGAGCCGAUCAUCCUUCCCGGGGCCCAGGGUCUUAGCAGGAGGUUCGUCAGGGCCACAGCUUGACAUGCUAAAUUUCAUUCGCCAGGUAGAGGAACAGGCGGUCUCGCCACAAUCCAGAAGGUCUUCCGGUUCUAGGGCCUCCUUUGGAAGUCUCCUUUCGGGUCGCCGGCGGUCCUCGGUCGAGGUGUAUUCCCCGCGAGGCGACACGAGUUCUCGCUUUGGAAGCUUCGGGUCAGGGGCGGGUCUUCCGCCCAUGUUUGAAAUGCCCGGCCAGUAUACGAUCGUCGAUAGGGCGCCGGAUGGCUCUUACGGAUCGGUCGGUGGACUUGCGGCUGAUCCGCAUGACUACUUUGAGCAAGACCAGAUCAAUCGAAGCACUGCCGCUCGGCUGCAAUUGAAUAUACCGCGAGAGAGAGCACAGCACGAGAUGCCAGAUUCCGCCCUACCAACCGAGCUUCAUUCCCCUCGUCAGCAUGAUAGUGCACCCUCAUCAUCAGGUGGAGACGACACGAACUAUGACCCCCUCACUCUCGAAAUGACUGCAAACCCGUGGAGCAUGGACGCGGGACAGACGACCGCAACCCCAUUACGCAUGGACGUGGACGCUGGACCGUCAGGCAUGGACUGGAGUCGGACCUCUAGUCCUGACCCCCUUCAUGAACCCGCCGCUCGAGUGCAUCCACUUCGAACGACAGUCGAUUCCAUGUACCUCCUAGGCAUGCAUGCACCGUGGGCAGAGGAGUUCAGUCCUCUAGAUUCCCACGAACGACAUAUACCAGCGGUGAUGGACAGCAGUUUCGAGUCCAGAGGCAUCCCCCAACUUCAAACCGAAGAGACCAUCCGCCAAGAACACUACACAAGCCCACCACCCCAUCUCCCUGCCGCUUCUCGAAACCGUCCAAAUCUACAGAUUGGACGUCCACAACCGACCAACUCCCGUGACCUCCCUACCCCAAUCAGUACAGGCACCUCACCACCAACCCGUAAUCCCAUCCCACCCCCCAAGCACACACCCUCCAUCUCCUCCACCAACUCCGGCACAUCCUCCGCAUCCUCCGACCCCUCACUCCGUAACUGCUGGCCCCCGAGCAACGACAACAACUACGCGGGCUUCUGCAAAGGCGCCUGGAAAUUCUCGUCCGGCCUGGGCGGCUUUAAAGUCCACUCCGAACCCAAAGGCUACUACUCAAUGGUCUCCAAAUGGCGUUGCGCAACCUGUUUCUUCGAGAUGCCGCUCGAUCCAGACUCACGUCGAAACGAUCCAAAAUUCAAUACCGAAGUAUUAACACACUCGUCAACGGGUAUUCGGUAUCGCUGGGCGUUCCUGGCAAAGAGUCAUAUUAAAUGUAAGAGGUCGCCGACGGGGAGGUUAGGAAAACCGAAUGGUCCGUUCGGGUGUAUUUUUUGUUGUCGGGAGCGUGGGGGCCCGGUGAAGGCUUUAGAGGGGUUGGAUGCGUUCAUGACGCAUCUUGGGAGUGAGCAUCGGUAUUGUGUGGAGGAGGCGUUGUUGGAGCGGGCCCGGUGUGUUGUUGGGCGGGUUGCUGGGGUGGGGGAGGAUUUUGAUGUUAACAUACUCCCGUUGGAGGAACUUGAGGGAUCGUGAGAUGGGGUUGGGAGUAUAUGGAUUCGAUUCUUUUCGAGUCGUCGGGCUCUGAUUGAUUUGGGGAAAUUGCUGCACCUGCAUUUCUGGUGAUCUCUAUGUUUGUCGUCGUGUCUAUUGUUCUUGUUCGAGAUAUCCCGGGCUCAUCAUUUGGGCGAGGCGUUCACAGUGUACCAUUCAUACUUUACAUCAGUGUUCAGAUACAGACUCUCUAUUACAAUUCUAAUGUG